UCCACCGCUGUGGAGGUAAACAUGGCGGCUGUCGGACCUCUGGGAAGAGUCGCUAGACUGGGCUCCAGCAUCUGCAGGAACCAUCGUUUACUUUCUAACAGAAGUCCACAGAGAAGAGGAAUAGCUUCUUGUGUCGACCCUGCUCAUGGACUCACAGAUGAACAGAAGGAGUUUCAGGAAGUUGCUUUUAACUUUGCAGCCAAUGAAAUGGCUCCGCACAUGGCCGAGUGGGACCAGAAGGAAAUAUUUCCAGUGGAGACCAUGCGAAAGGCAGCCCAGUUGGGGUUUGGCGGGAUCUACGUUCAGCCGGAUGUCGGAGGAACGGGUCUUUCUCGGCUGGACACGUCCGUCAUCUUUGAGGCCUUGUCCACAGGAUGUGUCAGCACCACAGCUUACAUCAGUAUCCACAACAUGUGUGCCUGGAUGAUCGACACAUUUGGCAACACUGAGCAGAGGGAGAGGUUCUGUCCAGACCUCUGUUCGAUGGAAAAACUUGCUUCCUAUUGUCUCACUGAACCAGGCAGCGGCAGUGAUGCUGCUUCCCUUCUGACCACUGCACAGCUGAAAGGAGACCGCUACAUCUUGAAUGGUUCUAAGGCCUUCAUCAGUGGAGCAGGAGACACUGACGUCUAUGUUGUGAUGUGCAGAACGGGAGCUAAAGGAGCAAAAGGCAUCUCCUGUCUGGUGGUAGAGAAAGGAACCUCGGGCCUCAGUUUUGGCAAAAAGGAAAAGAAGGUGGGUUGGAACUCGCAGCCGACCAGGGCGGUGAUAUUUGAGGAUUGUGCCGUUCCGGUGGCCAACCUGCUCGGUGCGGAAGGGCAAGGAUUCAACAUGGCCAUGAAAGGCCUGAAUGGAGGCAGAAUUAAUAUUGCGUCCUGUUCUCUUGGGGCGGCUCAUGCCUGUGUGCAGCUAGCGAGGGAUCAUCUGUUGGUGCGCAAGCAGUUUGGAGAGACGCUCUCCAACAACCAGUAUCUUCAGUUCAAGCUGGCAGAAAUGGCCACCAAGUUGGUUGCAUCGCGCCUCUUGGUGCGUGAAGCUGCUACAGCGCUGCAGCAGAACCGGCCCGAUGCCGUCUCUCUCUGCUCCAUGGCCAAACUCUUUGCCACAGACGAGUGCUUUGACAUCUGCAACCAGGCUCUUCAGAUGCACGGCGGUUACGGUUACCUCAAGGACUACGCAGUGCAGCAGUUUGUCCGAGACAUCAGAGUCCAUCAGAUCCUAGAGGGCACGAAUGAGGUGAUGAGGAUGAUCAUUUCCCGAAAUCUGCUGACAGAGUCAUGAGUCUUUCCCCUGGUUGCUCUAGCAGGGACCAUAUUGUAAAACGUAGGUUUUUCUAGAAUAAUUGUUUCAUUUUUAGCGACACUGGCGGCAUGGAAAUCCACAAAAUCGCCUGAGAACAGUUUAGAAAAGUUUGUAGAUUUUUUUCAUCUAAACAUUUUCAUGUGAGGCUGCUUGUGUGGAUACAAACUGUUUAAAAGGGUUUAACACCAACGUCAGUGUUGACAGGGAAUGGUUGCUCCUCUGUAUGUAUUGCAUAUCUAUAUCACAUGCAGUCUCAGCAGCUGUGCCUUAAAGUGUCCUUUUACAUCUUAUUUAUAUUCACGGUUACUGUAUUGUUACAUGACGUGUGUACUGCCACAGAUAUAAAUAAAUGGGUUGUGUAUUGUGGGUUGUGUAAUUAAAAUGUAACACUCCAAAUUAAAUAAUCUCAGCUUUCAUUAAA